AUGCUUGGGAAGUUACUAUUGUCCUCAAGGGUAUCUGGAGGGGAUCUGGGUGGAGAGGUUUGGGAAACAAAAGAUGGGACGUUUGGAUUGUCUGGUGCAAUAGGCCAUGGUAAGCCUGAAAUAUUUGCGGAAGAUAAAAGGUCUACCCCUCAGGGUCACCCUGAGGUCCUCCCCACCUCCGACGACAACAACGGAUGUGCAUUGGCAAAGAGAAGUCUAUUACCCAGGUACUCCUGUUACCGCGUGGAGGACGGCCAGUGGGGGUCAGUUGUGAACGGCGAAUGGACGGGCUUGAUCAGGGAUGUAUAUGAUGGACGCGCUGACAUCGCCGUCGGCCCUUUGUCUGUCACGCGCCAGCGGAGCGAUGCCGUUGACUUUCUUAUAGCACUGAUGGCCUCAAGUUACAGGAUUGUGGUGAAGCGACCCACAAACGAAGAUUACAUGUGGACUGUAUACACAAAGCAAUUUCAGAGUAGCGUUUGGGUGAUUAUACUAGCUCUUUCCACAAGUGAAAUGCUGUCCUUGUAUCUUGUCUCUCAUCGAUCUUCGCAAGAGUAUUCCAUUUCCUUUGCAGACUCUGCCUUUGCCACCGUUGGCACUUUGUUUGGACAAGGACGGACAGUGAUGCUGACGAGCCUAUUGCUGCAAUCGGUAGCGCUGACGUUCUACACCAGCACCCUUGUCUCUGCACUCACUGUGGGGCCUCCAUUGCCUCCAUACAAAGAUCUUCAAGCUCUGUAUAAAAAAUCCUCUCUUAAGCUUGCAUUUCUAAAAGGCGGCACGCAGUUAGAAUACAUCAAGCAAGAGAUACAAGUCUCCCUUAGAAAUGUCCCCUCAUGUACAGAUCCCCUUGAGAGUUUAGAUGCUGGUCUCUACCAACUCGUCUGGCAAAGCGUCACCGACGAGGAAUUGGUUGAGUCGGAGUAUGAAGGCGUUGCAAAGGCGUUGCGCGGGAAGCAUGCCUACCUCGCGUGGGAAAUCUUCUUCAGAUUGCGAUAUGGAGGCGACUGUCGCUUGAUCGAGUUGCCUGUGUCGUAUUUCCCCGAUUACGCCUCUUUCGCUGUGGCCAAGGACUCACCUCUUGUCCCCGUCUUGAACAAAAUCAUUUUAGACAUGCUCUCGGGAGGACUCCCCAAGAAGUGGUGGGGAGAAUUCUCAGGGCAGAAAACAGACUGCACCGCCCUUGAAUCUGGUCCCGUGGAACUCAAGACUGUCAUAACGGCGUUCCUCCUAAUCACCUUGGGCAUCGUGAUAUCACUGGCCAUUCUGUCCGUGGAGUGCUAUCAGUUUUCUAGAGCACGAACACCGAACUAA